AUGGCUCAUUCUCAGCUGACCGAAUAUCAAAUUCCAAAUGCUUUAUAUGGUCUCUACCUUGUCUUCGAGAGCAGGAUUGAGAAAUUGAUUAAAUCUGCAAAUGUAAGCUUAAAAACCCAAAUUAAAAACGAUCAUCCCAAUAUUAUACUUUACAACCCUCAAUACUUCUCAGGGAGAAAGAGUGGUAGUGGUAGUAAAAAUUUGGAUCUAUCAGAACAUAGCAUCAAUUUUCAAGAAUCUCAAACCAGAAACGUUACAGACAAAUUCGUUUCACGGGGCAUUCUAUCAUAUGAAAUGCAAUGUGGAAAUAGUGGAGAUAAGUACCUUAUAAUUACAUGGGCUAUCAAAUCCUACAUAAAAAGUGGGAGCAAUUCAAUGAAUAUCAACAUAUGUGAUAAACCAGUAACCAAGGAUAAUCACUAUUCUUGUUACAAAAAAUUACAUUCAGAAAACGAGAGAAAAUAUUCUGGCAGUUGUGUUAAAGUUUCUGGAUCCAUUUAUAAUGUAUGUGGAAGCAUUACAGAUGGGGCAAAUGCGAAAAUGAGUGUCUCCGUCGAAAAAACAAAUCAAACAGAUAUUGAUGGACCUGCUGUACAAUGUGAUGAAAAAGAAGUUUCACCUUAUAACUGUGGACUACUGUCACCAGAGGAAGAGAGUAUAGUGACUUUAAAUGGAUUUAUUCCAUCCCAAUAUCCAACAGUUCCCAAACCUCCUUCACUUGAAGUUAAUGCUUGA